AUGAAGGUGAUUUUGUAAUUUUCAAUAUUCAUAAUAUUGUAAAAUUUUUCCAGGUCGCAGAAGGUUUAUUGAAUCCGCUAGGGGAAGACGACGACGAUUUUGAGGCCAACUAUAUCAUUGACCGGAAUAUUGCGGUGAAUAUUGAACUUCAAGAAAAAUUAUAUCUUGUUACAGUAGUACUUAAAAAAAUGAAGGGAGAAGAAAAAUUUAAUUAAAAACUUCAGGAAGCUUUUUCAAAAUGAGAUGAUAUAGCUUUUUCCUGGCUUGAGCCAUAAAAAAAUAAAAAAAUAAACGAUAAAGAAUACUGGGAAACUUUUUUUAGUGGGCCACUAUAGGGGCUCGGCAAGGACUACUUGGAGAGGAAACUAAAGUGGCCACUAAACCCACCUCUAUAGUGGCCACUUCAGUUGUUUUUCAUCCAGUGUUCCUUCCAGUAACUCUGAUAGUUUUAAAACAAACAGAUUGAACCAGUUAUUUUGAUCCAUUGAACCCUAAAGUGGCCACUAAAUUUUUAGUGGUUUAGUAGUAGCACUUAGACCUCUAUAGGGGCCACUUAUUUUUAACCCCUGAAGUGGCCUCUAAUUUGACUACUAUAGUGGCCACCAGAACGUCGAAACCCCAUAUUGGCCACUAAAAAUUUUCCCAGUAGGUUCUUAGGAAUUCCAAAGUGGUCCCUAUAGGGGUUGAGAAGGAAAACAGCAUCUAUAAAAGUCCAAAAAGAGCCCCUAUGGGGGUAAAAUUAAAGUGGUCCCUAUAGGGAGUCUUUCAUUCAAAAACGCUUAUUGAUUCAUUUUUCCCAUGGAAAUGCUUCUUAGCAUGAAAUUUAUGACAAAUACCGACCAAUAUGUCCCCUUUAGGGGCCACUAACUAAAACCUCUAUAGGGACCGCUGUUGCAAGCUUUAGUGGCCCCUACAGGGGUUGGUAAAGUGCUCGCUAGAGAGGACCCUCCAAGGGCCCCUAAGAUUGCCACUAUAGAGACCACUCUGGAGUUCCUAGUUGUCUAGACAAGUUAGUGGUGAAUCGGCUAUACGUCUUUGUGGUUUUUUGAAGAUAACUUAAUUGGAAAAAAAGGGAACCAUUUUGAGAUUUGAGUUAGGUAAGGUUUCUUGAAUGGAAAAAAUUAAAGGACGUUACAAGUUUGAAGAAAAAGCCUGUGAUUGGAGUAACUUUCUCAAAAUUCAAAAUUAUCUCUGACUCUCCAAGAUUUAGUUAUCUUUUUCACUCUCUAACGGUCAUGACGACUGUCCCGGAAUCACUUUGAACACGGAGACCUCAGAAAGUUCAUUCGAAACUCGAAAAAGAACGGAAAAAGUAUGUUUUUGGAGGAAAAUUUCCCGUGUGACAUCCGUUUCACGCAGUUUAUAUGAUAGAAAAUGACUUUUUAAUUCGGUAAUUCAUGGAUGUGCUCGACAAAAUUUUUGCAAAAGUGCCUAUGCCGGCAUUCUGCAAAAAAAGCUUCAUGCACUUGGCAAAUCAGUGCUUCGCAUUUUGCACUUUUUUUCGUCUGUACAAAAGUGAGCCCAAAAAGAAAUGCAAAAUGCGAGGUUCUUCUGGGCAAAAUGCAAAGCUCUGAUCUGCACAAUGCAUGCAACUUUUUUUGCAGAAUGCCAGCAUAGGCACUGCCUUUGCACGAUUUCAGUAGAGUAGUAAAGUAUAGUGAAUAUAGAUAAUAGUAACCUUUUGUAUAUUGUGUAUAAUUUAUUGCAUUUUAAAUUAAAUUUAUUUGUAAUUGCAUUUUAUGUAUAUUUAAAUUUUUUUUCUUUUAGGUCAGUAGAGUUUGAUUAAAUCUUUUUGCAUGAUCAGCUUUACACGUCCCGAUUUUAUGUGGGAAUCGUAAAAAAAGUUUUUCGGUAGAAUAUUGAGAAGAUCCAUUCUCACAGUGACAGAACGACUGUGAAAACUCUAAAGACGAUGAAAAGCGGAAGAUUUUUUUGAGGCAAAACCUGACUUUUCUUAUUUUUUUCUCUUUUUGAAGUAUUUAAGAAAGUUUUGGAAGACCUGAGUGUCAAUGAUUCCGAAGUUUUUUUCGAGGUGAUUUUGAAAAAAAUUUUUCGGGCGGAGAUUUCCCGUGCAAUAUCAGUUUCAAGUAGUUUCGUAGAUCCCAUUCUUCAAGUUCUAUUUUAACAAAAAAAUUUUUUUCAAUCAAUCUUUUUUUAAUCAAUCAAUAAUUUUAUUUUCGCAACAUCAGGAUGCUAAUUGUUAAAAUCACUAGAAUUUUGGGAAAAAUCCAUUUUUCGAGUAGAAAAAAAGAAAAAUCGAAAAAAAUGUUUAAAAAACAUAGUGAGAACUGUUUUUUUAAAGCAACACCCAGUUUUGAAAGAAAAUAAAUUGGCAACUUCCCAAAAAUAGUUAUUUUAUCUUCAGUUAACCUAAAUCUGCCUUGAAAAGCUCCCAGGACUGGUUUUUAAAAAGAAAGCCUUGUUUUUUUUAAGGUUCCUUUAAAUUUUUUUAAAUUUUUUUCUGCCGUCUCGUGUAUAAAUUUCACACUCUGAUUUUUUUCUUGAACCGGAAAAGUCGGAAAGGGUGGAAAAAGAUCCAGAGAAUCCAAAAAUUCCUUUUUCGCUUCCUUUUUGCGCCUGUUAUGCACCAUUUUUUGCUACCUUUUUCUUUUUCCACCAUCUCUUGAGCCUUCAAAAUCCCUGAAAAAUGAAAAGGACUCUUUUUCCCGCCUUUCUGCACCCUUUUUUGAGCCUCUCCCUUUCAAUCUUUGCCUGAGAGUAGGCUUUUGAGUCAUAAUCUUGGAAAUUCGAAUAAUAUCAUGAGAAUAAUGUUUCAGACAGGAAUGGCUAUAGUAGACGACACCCACGCCUUCCAUCCACCCAUCGUCGUUGACAAAUUUGCGGAUCCCUCUUAUAAACCGUCGUAUUCCGCGGAAAGCCAAGCCAGAAGCAAUUCUCAACCUCUGGCUGGUUCCGCCACGGCUGUCGAGUGAGCUUCCUGAUGAAACCAUGGGAAAUGAUCAAAAAAUUCAUUCAGAUUAGCCCCGUCGACAGAAGCCGUCAAAAUGGUCCACGUCGAGCCGGUCGGCAAGGAAAUUGGUCGGGGUUUUGACCUAAAUUAGUUUGAUAGACUGUUGGAAAAUUCCUCAAGAAGUGAUUGACCUGAAAAUACUUUAUUCUUAGAUAAAUUUUUGCGAUAUCGCGAAAAAAAAAUUCGCGAUAUCGCUAAUGUUGAAAAUUCGCGAUAUCGCCAAUAAUCAAAAAAAUUUGCGAUAUCGCCAAUAUUCAAAAAAAUUUGCGAUAUCGCCAAUAUUCAAAAAAAUUUUUUUCCGAAACCAGUAAAAAAACGUUUUUCGUAUUUUUUUAUUGAUAUUAUUUUUGUAACUUAUCCUUUUUUCACAUAACUCUUUAUAUUUUUUAUAUAAAUUCGGAAAAAUUGCAAGAAUUCAGUGGGUUUUUGUCAUUAUUUUACGAAUUUCUUUUUGAAAAAUCUACUGAUAAAUUGGAACUGAGGCAAUUUUCCAAUCAAAUCAUGAAGGAAAUGUGAAGUUUUCUUCUAUAAUCUCUUCAAAAUUGAUAUAUAAAAAUACUUUUCAAGUUGUAUCAAUCUUUUAUCACUAGAAAUAACGCCGGAAAUGGCCCCUCCCUUGAAAAAAAUUUUCAGAAAAAUGUCCCUAUGUUCCUUCAAAAAAAUCCUCAAAAAAACUUAUUUAAAAAAAGACUUCUUCAGAACCAAGCUCCCGGGAAGGAAGUUUGCGACGAAGAUUCUCUGAAAAGUUGCCAAGGUUCAAUUUUAGAAAAUAAAUAGCUUCCUACAAAAGAAAAGUUCAGAAUCCGCACAAGUUCUGAAACUUCCAAUAAAAAGUCUCAACACGCUGGAUAA